UCCAAGUCGUUCUUUGUUUGUGCCAUUUACUGUAUUCGUGUUCGCACGCCGCGCUGGUGUGGUCUUUGCGACUUACAUAUCUAAAUAGGUGUUCAAAUGUCAUUGGUUAGGGGGCUGCUUAUUGUCAUUCUAACGUUGUUGCUCUAUGUCACAUCAUCGGUGUUUGGUGGUUUAAGUGGUGGCAGUGGCAGUGACGGUGACGGUGACGGUGACGGCAGCAACGGUUACGUUGGUCACAAUUUAAGCGACUUUACACAACAUCGCCAAAAGCGUGGAUUAAUUUUCCAGAAUGGUGGCAUUGCUAAGAUUGUUUUUGGUCCCGUCUUUCCCAUCGUCCUAGGUGAUGCCAUAUCUUGGCGUUCGAUUUUAAGUUUAAUCGUCUUUCAUUGUGGCGAAUUCAAAGUACCCGAUUCUCCUCUUUAUCCAUGGGAUAAAUGGGAAAAUAUCUACGCUCGUUCUCAAAGUAACCUUGGCCAAUUGGAGCCUGACAUAUCGCGUGAGUUCAUCUAUACAGCCAUUGAGUAUUUUAUGGAGAGAUCCCAUGGAAUUGGAAGAACAUGCCUAUUGCGUUCAAUAUGUGAAAAUGCUCAAGUACAUCAUCAUAUGGAUGUUUUUGGAGAGGUUCUAAAUGUGAUCUUAACACCCGGCAAAGAGACUUUGGAUCCCGUCUAUCAAGAGGCCUAUCAAAUUGGAAGCAAUGGUGCAGAUUGUUUUCGUUACUAUGGUGAUUGCCCUAAAGGUUCAAAUUUUUUCGAUCAGUUUAUAGAAGAAAGUUGA